GAUGAUCCACCCAAUGUGAACAGCCGAGUGGUAUUACUCGGCGUGCAUGUGCAUUGGCCUUACCGGAAUCUUCCACGACCUUUCCCGCGUGUCGAACCACGUUGUGUAUCUUGCUCAUUUUUACAUGAAAGUGGUUGGUUUCUUGCUCUCGUAACGAUUCUAAUUCUUUCGGAACUGUUUUCCAUCCUUUAUCUACGUGUGAAGCCCCGUUCGCUGUGAGAUGCACCCUUUGAUCAAUCAUCCGAGUACUCGAAACACCAGCAUCAGCCUCAGCCUCAGCCUCAGCCCUCAACUCCAACACCAGAGCCGCUGUUUCACUAUCAUGUCUACGACCAUGUCUAUGAAUAUGAGCGGCGCCGCUAGCAGCACUGCCGCCGCUGCUUCUGCCUCAGCAACUGCCAUGGAUAUGGAUAUGGGCCACGGUGGAGGAGGAUCCUGCAAGAUUUCUAUGCUUUGGAAUUGGUACACGAUAGACGCAUGUACGACGACACUCCAACAAAAUCUCACCUGACCUUAUCAUAUCGACGUUUAUGACUAACCUCCAUGGGCCCAGGUUUCCUCGCCGAGAGCUGGCACGUCAAGAAUAGUGGCAUGUUCGCCGUAUCAUGCAUCGGUGUGGCCUUUCUCGUCGUCAGUAUGGAAUUCCUCCGUCGACUCAGCAAAGAAUACGACGCCGCCAUCCUACGCCAGUUCCAACGGAAUGUCUCGAUGACGCGGACCGCUGACCUGAAGCCCAACGGAAGCAACAAUAACAACGAGUCCUGUUGCGUCGAAACAUUGGUCCCUGCAUUUGUCACAUUUAGGGCAACUCCAUUGCAGCAAUUAAUCAGGUCUCUGAUCCAUGCCGCGACGUUUGGAGUCGCUUAUAUCGUCAUGUUACUCGCCAUGUACUUCAACGGCUUCAUCAUCAUCUCCAUCAUUAUCGGCUCGUUCAUUGGGAAAUUUCUCUGUGAUUGGAUGAUCCAUAAGGUGCCUAUCGGUCGAAUGGCUGGUGCAGGCGAGGGAAGCAGUGCCGUCGAAGAGCCGACCGUGUGUUGUGGAUGAAUGUUAUGAAACUAUUUAGGCCAUGUUCAAAGCCCUACUCAGCAGUUAGACCUCGAUACUCCAGUCAGGUCAAUUCACGAGAUAGACGAAAGGGAUUCUUUUCAUGUCAUGCAUAUAAAACAUUUUGCUCGUUCUUCUAAUAAAUCUCUCUUUUCGUAGACAUCAUCAGACAUCGCAUGAACGCUAUUUUACAGCCAUAAAAGACAUCUCCAGGCCAAAUGCCAAAGAGAGACAAUAA